CACCAUUAUUCUCUCCAAAACACAAUUCCAGAGAUAAUUUUUUCUUCUGUGUUAAAUUUAAUUCUAAUCUAUUUAUAUUUUUGCAAUUACAAAGCUAAAUAACAAGUCGAGGUGAUGAAUUUGUUCAUCCUAAGGGAAAAGCUGUCAAUACCAGGCAUGCGUUCUCAAAAGAAAUCGGCAAUACAUUGCCACAGGAACAUACUGAGAGAUAGAUAGAUAGAUAGAUAGAUAGAUAGAUAGAUAGAUAGAUAGAUGUGCAUAUUUUACAUGGCUAGCCUCACAAAUAUCGAGGGAUAUACCCUGUCUAUUAUUUCCAGAAGGGGCCAUGGCUUAGAUGGAGAGUCCUAGAGUAUUUAAUGCUCAUUUUGACCGACGCAGAACCAAUUAGGGCCCGCGCUCUACUAGACAACUCCCGGCAACAUCCAACGGCCCACACAGUGUGCCAUCUUCCCAAUUUCCCUCACAUGGCUUGGGUUAACCCGGGGCUAUGGUAACAUUCACUCGCCCAUGUUGAAUCGCCGUCAAGAGGAAUCGAACCCCGGUCUCCCGCACAGAGUACGAGUGCUAUAACCACUAAUCUACGGCGCCCUUAAUCUGUGGAUGUCGUGCCAACAUUUGACAUUAACGAUGUCCUGACUAUACAAAACGUUGGAGAUAGUAUUGUCUCAAAAGUGAGAGUGCUUGUCGUGCAAAGAUUGGUUCAAUGUCAAAGAUGUUAAUACAGGAACUUCAGCAUCAAUUUGAAAGGUUUUCAAUGGGAUUUUUACAUUGAUUCUACACAGAAGGAUGAUCUUCCUAAUUCUGCACAGAAUGAUAGUGUCAAAACAAUGGCACUUGAACGCAUCAACAUAGUUUUGAUACCAAAAGAACAUCACAGCAGUGCUGAUUGUAUUGCGGCAAAGCAAGAAGAAUUGCUUAAACUCAAAUCUUUUAAAACAUACGAAGAAGUGCCAAACAAAAACCAGGAGAGGAUAUCAACAACAUGGGUUUCAUUUGAUGAAAGGUGAUGCAGUGCGAGCUCGACUAGUUGCAAAAGGGUAUGAAGAGAAUUGUUCAGCACCAACAGACUCUCCAACUGUUAGCAAAAGUGGUUUUCGAAUAUUCUUUGUUGUAACUAAUAUGAAGAAAUGGAAGAUGCAGGCCACUGACAUAAAAUCAGCAUUUUGCAGGGGAAGAAAUUAGCCAGAACAGUCUAUGUGAAGCCACCAACAGAAGCAGAUACUGCUGAUGGUUUUGCCUGGAAAUUAAAUCACUGUCUCUAUGGUUUAAAUGAAGCUGCAAGAUUAAUCAAGUGAACAACAGUAAUGAUUGUAAAGUUAUCUACCAUCACCCUUUUUUUUGUAAUCUUAAAAUUUGUUACAGCCCGAUACACAUGUGCUGUUCAAACGACUAAAUUCGCUGAUGAUAGAAAUGCAGAAUGGUAUCCAGCAAACUGUUCAACACACGUGCAGCCGAGACGUGCUAGAUGUUACUUAGUAUGUAAAGAUGGAUUUACAUUUACACAAAAUGCAUCUAUGUUUAUGGAUUGUAUUGAAACAAAGCAUUCUGCAUACUGGAGCUCAAAAGUUAUGAGUAAAUGCAUCAGCUCUACUGUAUGCCCGAAAAUUCAAAGCGAGUUGUUGUUUGAAACAGGAAAGGGUGUUUCUUGUAACUCAAAUUCUGUCAAUAUUGGAAUGGUCUGUGAACUUUUGCCCGGACAGUGCACUAAAGAUAGGUUAAUUGGCCCAUCAAUAUUGAGAUGCCAAGAAAAUGGAACCUGGACGGAAGGUGGAGCUUAUUGCCGAGCUACACCAGACCCAACCUCAAUAACAUGUCCAGUGUCAUCACUGACCAUAUCAACAGAUCCACAUCAGCCUGAUGUUGAUGCUGGAAAAUUCCUUCCAUUGCCAAUCCUAAAAAACCUGAAUCCAUCACAACUACAUGUAACAAAUGUGUCAAAAUUAUCAACUGGUGAUCACAUUAUUAAUUAUAAAGCUACUGGUAGCCAGAAAGAAUAUUCUUGCAAUGUAUUGUUAUCAGUUCAAGAUAAAGAAAAGCCAAGACCAAUUGAAUGUGUGGAGGAACAAGAAAGGGUGAUUUUUGGUCAAAUCAGUGUUAAUAUUCCACAAGGCAACUAUACAUUUGUUGAUAACGAAGGAAAUGUUACUUCAAAAUUUGAAUCUGUCUAUCCCUCAACAGUUAAUUUUAAAGCUGGUGUGUACAAAUUGUCAUAUACAGCAGUUGAUAGUCAUGGAAAUCGUGCUUCGUGCAAAGUAACAUAUACAGUUCAUGAAAAAGAAUGUGUUGAAAAAUAUCCUUCAUGGAAUGUGAAUAUCACACGAUACCCAUCUAUUGGAUACACGACAAGCUGUAAAAGUCAAGCCUACAGAUCAUACACAGAUAUCUCAGUGACAUACCCAUUUCAGAAAUAUUUUCAGGUCUCUGCAAAUUAUAAAAAAUGUGAACCAUCAAGUCGUUUUCUGCCACCUUUUCCAGAUUGUUAUAAAAUUCAAAAAAAGACUGGCGUAAAUUGCCCAAAUGGUAGUGUUGAUUCCAAUAGUCAGAACGAAUGUGCUCCAUGUCCACGAGGAUUUAGAUAUGUCAACAGUAAUCUUGGUUUUAUUUGUGAGCUUUGUCCUGAUAAUACAACAACAUUUCAACAUGGUAGUAGCUUCUGUGUUCCAUGCCCUGGUGCUUCAUGGGCUAUCGGAGAUGCUCCUCGCAGAUGCCAAGCUCAUUGUGAUCCUGGAUUUGUUUAUACAAGUAUGGGUUGCAAAUUGUGUCCUACAAAUUUUUUUGCGAGCAUUGGUGCUACUAAUUGCUCUGCUUGUCCAUCAGACAUGAUAACUCUGGUUGAAAAAGCAUCAAGUAGUAAGGAUUGUGUGUGGGGUAAGAUGUUGGACUCUUCAGGUAUACAUGUGAAAACUGUUAAAACAUCUUCUACAAGUUAUUACUUAAAGUUUAACCAGUCAGGAUUACCUUCUAAUCAACUGAAACAACGCUACGCUGUCAAAAUCAAAUCAAAAUAUUUAUCAAAAGAAACUGAUUGUGAAAAUAAUUAUGUGCAGUUUAAAGGAGACUUUGAAGGAUUUAUAACAAAACUAACUGGUAAACUAUGUGGCAACAUGCUUGACAAGGUGUAUUCAAUAAAAGUUCGUGAGUGGAGACAAACCUAUUUGCAGUAUGUUUAUACUGAUGUGUCGAAAGCCGAUCUCGAAUUGUCAUAUGGUGUAGCUUCGUGUGAACCAGGUCAAUAUUUUAAUUUGUCGACUAACACUUGCGAGGAUUGCCCGGAACACACCUUUCAAGAUAAAUAUGGUGCAAUAGAGUGCAACAAAUGUCCUGUAAAUCAUACCACAUACAUUCCUGGGCAGUCUUUUUGUGUUGCUAUGUGUCCUCCUGGUUUUAAAAGUGUAAAAAUGAACUGUGAACCAUGUCCCAUGAAUUUCUUUGGCAAGGAUGGGCAAUGCUUUCCUUGCAAAAGUGGUACAGCUACAGAAAGAUCUCAGGCAUUGUCUUGUAAACAAGCUUGUUCUUAUGGUGAAUACUUAAAUGGUACCAAAUGUACACAGUGUCCUGUUGGUCAAUAUCAACCAUUAAAUGUACACUCACAAAGUCAUUGUAGAUACUGUGUCAACGGAACAACUUUGUUUGUUGGUUCAAAAUCAAGUAACGACUGUAUCACUAUUUGUCAUUAUGAAGGUGAAUAUUAUGAUGUAAAAAGCAGCAUGUGUAAACCAUGCCCGAUCGGUACAUACAAAUAUGCAAGCAGCUUUACAGUAUCAUCAUGUAUGAACUGCAGUGUGGAUAUGACCACUAAGCAAAUUGGAAGUGUUCGUUCUUCAGACUGCACUAAAAAGAACCCUAGGGAUUAUUGUAUGACAAACGAUCCAUGUGUUUUUCCCGGAAAAUGUCAAUCAAUAGAAAACAGAGCAGCAUGUAUAUGUCCGAAAUAUUUUACAGGUGCACGCUGUGAAACAGUAUCUGGUCCAUGUUCAACCUUACCAUGUCAAAAUAAUGCAACAUGCCACCCCUUGUUCAAUAAGGAACAGAGUUAUGCUUGCCAGUGUGAGCCAGGUUUUGUGGGGGAGAAUUGUGAGAAAGAUUACCAUAAGUGUGAUGAUAACCCAUGCCGGAGAGCCAAUUGCACAAAAGUAGGUCAAGAUUUUAGCUGUUCGUGUCCACCGUACACUACUGGCAAGACAUGUCACACAACUUUACCCCGUCCAUGUGAUAAUAAAACAUUGUGCAUACAUGGACACUGUGAUGAUAACCCAGAGAAUGUUGGGAUAAACAAUUACACAUGUGACUGCAAUGUUGGCUACGAAGGAAAGGCAUGUGAUCGUGCAAUACAGUUUUGCACCAUUAAACCUUGUAAUUCUACUGGUACAAAGGAAUGUAAACAAGGAAGGCUUGGGCGAGAUUGUGUAUGCAAACCUGGUUUCCAUGGUGACACUUGUAGUCAAUUCCAAUACUGUCCAGCAGGUUCAUUUGUUUUCCGAAAAACAUGUUGCUCAUGUUGGCAAGGGUACUACUCCAGUGAAGAAAAUAUCAAUAUGGAGUGUAAAAAAUGUCCAGAUGGAACUACAACUUUAUUAAGAAGAACUGUGAACAGGUCAGAUUGUAAAGAUUUUAGGAAUUUAAGGAGAGUAAAAGUAAAGAUUUUGUUAGAGGGAAGAGUUUGGCAAAAAAAUAUUGAUGUAACAAGUUGUGGACUGUUGCAGGAACAUAUGGAAAGUCAGUUGAUUUCUGCCAUUGGAAGAUUUGAUGGACUUAAAGCUGUAGUCGUAACAGAACAGUACCCUCCACCCAAAAGUACAAAAGAUGGAAUGGUGUUGGAAUUUAUUAUAUAUGGUGGUGAUGACGAAAUAAUAAAGCAACUGGAGACCAAGGUUAAGACUGGUUUUCUCGGUUCAUUACGAGUUGAUAAAAAUUACAUCAAAUAUGAAGACGUCAUUGAGAAGGAGACAAAAAAGCAGAAAAAAGUUGUGAUUUAUAUCAUAAUUGUUGUGUUAGUAUUAGUGGCUAUCGCAGUAAUAGCAGGUGUGUUUAUAUGGAAAAGAAAAAAUAAAACUGCCCAUGCAGAUGUCAUGUUUUCAAAGAAUGACGAUGUUGUGCAUGUGAAGACACCGUUGAAAUCAUAAUGAUGCGAUUCUCAACUGAUGUUAUUUAGGAUGAAAACCAUGUAUUACUUGUUCACUUUGGAGUUCUAUAAAUUUACAUCAUUCUUCUUAAAGUUAAUUUACAUAAAGGUGAUAAUUUUCUUAAACUAUUUUAUAAAAAUUUAGAGCUUGCUGUGAUUUCUUAACGUUAUUCUAAAGGAUAUAUUUUAUUUAUAUAUAAAAUAUAUCCUUUAGAUAUAUAAAGGAUAUAUAAAUUAUAUGAAUUCAUCUGAAAACUUUUAAAAAACUAUUUUUAGAACAAGACUGAAUUAAUUUUAUGACAAAAUUUAUUUUUAUUUAAACAUUAGUGAACAUGUAUAUAUAAAUAUUGGAAUUAACAGUGAAAUAUUUGUUACAUUGUAUUGUCAAAUCCAAUUUCAUCAUUUUUCUGUCAGAAAAGCAGAUGUGUUUUUAUUGUUUUAUGUGGAAAUUUCUUUCUUUUCAUUUUAUAUAAAUUUUAUAAUUUUGUUGUUGGUUUUUAAAGUUCAUUCUUUUCAUUAUUUAAUGAGAUUUAUUUAUACUUAAGUGGAGGGGCUGCGUUAUAAUUGUUAGUAUGUUUUGUGUUUUAAAAAUAGAGGAAUUGUUGGUGCAGUUAAUUUAUUUAUUGCCACAUAUGCAUUCUUGAUCUCUUGUAUAAAAUGUCCGUUCUUUUAUCACCUUGAAUCCAAGUUAUUUUAUUUAUUGUAAGGCUUUAAAAAUUAGGCAUGGGCACGUAAGCGUGACCUGAUAUGCACUUAGUUCGAGAAAAAGCGUGUGCGUAGAAAUCGAUGCUGUCAAUUUCAAGCUAUUUUCCAAAAUAGAAAUACAUCUUACAUAGUUCAAUGGUAAAAUUAGAUUUCCAUGUAUUUAUGAUACCCUACUUACCUUCUUAACAGCAGCAAUAUUUCUUAAUCAUGUUAUAGAGUCAAGCCCAGGGACGAAAGUAUUGUGAAACGUUUGACACAGCAGUGAAAACUAUUUUCCUUUUCUUCUCAUAUAUUUUCCUGGCCCUUUCCUGUUUUUGCGACCCUGACAAAAUGGUUUGAUCUUAUACAUUGAGUUUCACAUGUGUCAACAGAUUUUCUACAUCGAUAAUAAUUAAAUAUGGCGUGUGUUUCACUGAUAAAGGCGUUUACCAAGUGUUGGUUCUUUAAUCAGAAUCAGAAUUCAUACUCCUAUUUUUGCUUUAUUACAAAAAAAAAAAAAUGAAACAAUAAUUUGCACACACAAAUGGCAGUCAAAAUAUCAAUCUUUAUUAAAAGUAUCUUGUUAUAAAUAUUCCAUUGACACCAGUCAAACUCACGCUAUUAAGGAGGCAUCUGUGAAGCAUAUACACACUAACUUGCUCAUUAUUCAACUGAUAUUGAGGCACACUAUGAGGUCCACAAGUAGCAUGCUUGAGGUGCUAGAAAACAAGAGGUAGACUCUCUUCACCUAAGCAACAUAUGGGGUACAGGGAAAGACAUGCCCCAAGAUUUUGAAUUUUUGAAGCCUAUUAGAUAAAAAAAGAAAGAAAUUUUGUGCUUAAAACAGUUUUCGAAAAAAUUUCAUCAACAAAUCCUCAUAGCAUUUAUAUGGAUAGUUUUUAUUCUAUUGUAAGUAGACAAUUUUAUUUAAAGGAAUCAUAUCAACAUUAGAAUAAAUUGUUUUUGUAAA